AUGCAUUACUUUUUUGCUGAGCUGGAGCCGUCUAUUCCCGUCACGGAACAAAACCUGGCAGACCGAGUUCGGUACAUUAUGCGCUUAAAAACAUUUGAUGAUACCGAACUCGAACGACUAAGACGUGAGGCUAUUCCAUCGUCGAAUGAAUCAGCUAUGGCUGGGGAUGCAGCUCCACAUGCGACAGACCAGCAUCCACACGUGGAAGCCGCCAUGGAUCUUCCAGUUGUGGUUGAUUCGAACGACGAUGAAAUAGUCUCCCACAAACUAGAGCAAAUGAGCAGCAUAUUGGAUGAGGCGAAUUUGGAAACGCGCAGCAACCCUCUCGAAAAUCGACCGCGACUUCCCCGCAUACCCCUAAGCAAGCGAAAUAGGGCUGUCGUGAGGGCUCUUAACUUAAUGCUGGUGACCUAUUUGGAAGCCAGCCGGGACCUUUACGAGACGGACUCGAUUCUUUUUGGCGCCGCAGUGGCAGUUCGCCGUAUUAUUGGCGCUAAACUUCCCAUGGCUGGACGCGCUACUAGACAAAGUAGCGCCAUCCCAGCCCAGAGAAAAAGAAUCGAGGACCGUAUCGCAACGGCAAGGGCCCUUAUCGGCAGACUGACAAGCUUCAGGUCGGGUAAUAAUAGACCGAGUAUGAUGCGCACCGUUAAGAUGGCGUUUGCUGGGACAAAUAUCAGUUUGCCCCAGCCGGAUAUCACGCAGAAACUAACGGUGCGCAUAGACGACCUGAAUCAAAAGAUCGCUGCUUAG